UCAAUUAAAAAUACAGUGAUCCACGAUCACGGUGUUUUUACUUUUCCAAUUGCAAAAAAAAAAAGGAAUAAAACUAACUUUUGAAAAAUAAAUUAAAUCAUGGGAUUAGUGAAAAAGACUACGGGCCUCGUGGGAUUAGCAGUGGCGGCUAAUCCACACUAUACUUUAGGUACUCUUUAUGGUAAAAUUCUGAGAACUCUGCAAAAGAUGCCUGAGGAAUCUGUGUACAGGCGUUACACAGAACAAAUUAUUAAAGAAAGAGCUGCUGUACUGAAGCAGACAAAGGAUUGUUAUGAAAUUGAAUCUACAAUUAAUUGUGGUCAGUCUGAAGAGCUCAUUGUUCAAGCAGAAAAUGAAUUGAACUUGGCACGUAAAAUGCUAAACUGGAAACCAUGGGAGCCCCUUGCCUCUAAACCACCAAAGGGUCAAUGGGAUUGGCCUCCAACUAAAGCUUGAACAUACUCCAUUAAUAGCACUGAAGAGUGAUCCUCUGAGGAUUUCAUUAAUGACUUGUUUGACACACCAAAAUUUCUUAAUUUAAAAAUAAAGUGGUCUAUAAUAUUAUGUUAUAAUAGUAAUUGUAUUAAGUUUUACAUAUUAUUUAUUUAAAAUAUCACCAUGAAAUUUUAAAUAAACAAUAACGUAUUGUUGUGAAGUAGUAGUUUUAAUUUGAUGCAAAUAAAUAGACAAGUUUUAAAUAACA